UUGUCAGAGGACACAGAACGAUGGAAAGAUAAAUUUAACAAAAGAUUUUUAUAGGGAUACAGUUACACUUAAAAAGCCAGGAGGAGAACAUUGGUCUCACCAGAAGCACAGAGGGGUUCAAGCUUUUCACCUUACGAUUAUUUAACGUCAACGAUGUCUCCUCAACAAAUUGCAGCAGUGCUGUUUAUUCUGUCUUCAAAAGUAUACUCACAAGCCCUUGAUUCGAGGAUCAUCGGGGGUCAGGAGGUCCAACCGUACUCGAUCAAAUACCAGGCCUCCCUGCAGACUGAGAAAGGGGAGCACUAUUGUGGAGGAACACUGGUGGACAAAGAGUGGGUGGUGUCUGCUGCCCACUGCUGGAGACCGAGCCACUUGAUGAUUGUGGUGUUGAGUGAACACAGCCUGCGUGAAACGGAGGGAUUUGAACAGAUCUUCGGUGUCUCAAAAAUAUAUGUGCACAACUACAACUACAAGACAUUCAACAAUGACAUCAUGAUUAUUAAGCUAGAUAGGCCAGCAAUGCUGAACGCCUACGUCCAGCCAGUGAAGCUGCCUGGUGAAAAUAUCCCCCAAUUAAGAGGGGAUGUUUGCACUGUGAGUGGGUGGGGUGUCACACAGCCUUAUAGUUACGUGCUGUCUCCGGUGCUCCGAGCUGUGGACGUGAAAGAAAUAUCGAUGUGCUCCUGGUACUACUGGGGCAGGAUCACUGAGAACAUGAUAUGUGCUGGAUCUCCAUAUGGUGGCAAAGAUUCCUGCCAGGGAGACUCCGGCGGUCCACUUGUCUGCAAUGGCAACUUUGAGGGGAUUGUCUCCUGGGGUAUCAGUUGUGCAAAUCCAUACUACCCCGGUGUCUACACCAAAGUGAGGAACUAUGUGCCAUGGAUCAACUAUAUCAUGAAUUCUGAUUAAACAUCAAAACUUCUAACGCAUAAUUUUGCCUUCUUAUCUGCAUCGUACUAUAAAUAAUUUUUAGUAUAACAUAAUAGUAAAUCAUUGAGUGAUUUUCAUGUAUUCAUUUCUCCCAUGCUUCAUAUAAAAGUCUUUCUUGCUUUUGUGGUUGUUUUGAUGAAAUAUUAUUGUCUUACAAUAAACUGUAGAACUACUUUUCUGAAUGUCAAAUAAAUACAACUGAAUUAUUUAGGUGGUCUCAAUUAAGUAACAAUUUAUUUGUUAAGAGAUUUCUAACAUAUUCCUAAAUAAUGCAUUUUUAUUAGAUCUUGUUUUACUUAAUAAAGAACAUCAUUUUUUAUUUCAAUAGUUUUUGGAUAAAGAUAAACUGCAUAGUUAGCUAAUGGUCUAAAUGAGUUCACUCAAUUUUUCCCCUAGAAGUCAUUUCAUGUAUGAAUCAUUAUAUCUCAGUUAACCCUAAAUUAUCUUUGGGGAUGAAAAAUUUGCAAAUUCCUAUCUUGAAGAUGUAUAUUUCAAAGACUUUUGACAAGAAAGUAAGGCUAUAAUUCACACAUAUUAAUCAAAGUGAGACAAUCAAUUUCAGUUGCAAAAUUCAAUAUAAAAGCAUGUAUGUCCUGUUUUAAUUCAACAGUUCAUCUGCUUUGGGUUAAAUGUAUAAAUCACAGUGUAACAAUUUUUGAAUGUAUAUUUGCAACACUGUAGUGCUCAGUAUGACAUAGCUCAAAUAAUCUCAAACAAGUUUCUUUUACAUGAGAAAGAGUUUACUGUACUCCAAUGGCCACUACAAUCCAACAUACACCUUCAGAAUGUGGUGAAAAAAAAUUUGCGUAAUAUUUUUGUAGCCAACAAAUCUGAAAUAAUGUGUGAUGUUUACAUCAGUAUGAACUAAAAUCUCUGUUACAUAAUUCAGACACUUGUUAAACCUAAAAAGAAUGUGUAAGUAAUAAAGUAACCAGUAAAUGCAUAUUAAAGCAGAUCGUCAACACUGUUUUUUGAGUAGCUGUCUUGUCU